AUGUGUUAUGUCCCACUCAAAGUGUGGCCUCCUGAAGCUUUUGAAGAAGGGCUCGAGUUAAUGGUGUCUGUUGCGAAGGCUUUUGAGAACACUUAUUGCCUUCGAUGCAAGGUAGUCCUCGCCGAGAUCUUGACUCGUUCACACCACGGAGAGGGGAAGACUGCACAGGCCAAGUGGGACAAGGCGACCGAGAAAACUCAUUCGCGAGUGAAAGACAUGAUGGCGAAACCCUAG